CACAUCACAGGCUGUAUUAAUUCAUAAAGGAACAUGUGCUGCUACGCCAAAGUCACCUCUCCAAGCACAGAGAUCACACACACCAGUCAAAUGAAAUCAGUCAUGUAUGUGCUGCCUUUUACAAGCCCCACAAUAACUCGUACUCAGAGUAGCAGCCUGUGAAUGGGACAAUGCCAGAGAGGAAACGCCUCUCUGUGUGUAUGUGCGUGUGUGACCUUAGCAACUCUGGCAAACUGUCAUCAUCAGUCAGAGCAGCGGACACUGAAAUACCUCCACCGGGACCUCCAGCGUCUGGUUUGGGAUACUUGGCAACCUUUUGUCAUCUCAGAAAAACUCAGAAUUGACCUCCUUCUGUUUCUCUUUUCUCGCUGGAUUUUCAUUUUUAAUGGUAAUGUGCGGAUUUAUGAUGGAGAAUUAAAAUGGUGAGGAAGAAAAAGCUGCUGGUGUUUGAAAUUUGUGGAAGCAUGAUGUGGGAUGGAUAAACAACAACAAAACUCUACUAUGGCCUCUAAUGACCCUGACCUUCCUGACCCCUAUGCUGACCCCCAGCCUGGUGACCUCAUUGAGAUCUUCAGACCGGCCUAUCAGCACUGGGCUCUCUACCUGGGAGACGGUUACAUCAUCAACUUGACUCCUGUCGAUGAGAGUGCAGCAGCCGCCAUGUCCAGUGUGAAGUCCGUCUUCAGCCGGAAAGCAGUGGUGCGCAUGCAGCUGCUGAAGGAGGUGGUGGGAAGUGACUCGUACCGUGUCAACAACAAGUACGACCACAACCACACGCCCCUGCCCAUCUGUGAAAUCAUCCAGCGAGCGCAAGUCCUCAUCGGCCAGGAGGUGUCCUAUGACCUGCUGGGGAGCAACUGCGAGCACUUUGUUACCCUCCUGCGCUACGGGGAGGGGGUAUCCGAGCAGGCCACACGGGCCAUUGGGGCCAUCAGUUUGGUGACGGCAGCAGCCAGUGCCUUCUCUGUCCUGGGACUGAUCAACACACGAUCCCGAAACAGGCCUUUCUGACAGCUGUGUGCUUCGCUGAAGGGUGUUGUCUCCCAACAUUCAUGCGGCUGCGAUUUCAAACAAAUUGAAUAAAGUAUUAAUG